UACUAGGAAAUUACCCUUACCUCAUCCUUUUUCUACUUUGAGCCUUAAUUUUUCUGUUUUUGUCCAACUAUACACACCAUAUCCUUUGAAUAAAGGGCCGGAAUUUGAGAUUUCAAGUUGUUUCAUCGUCAAAAUCGACGAAUUCUUUGGAAAAUUUUAAUCUAUUCACACUUAAAAGUCAAUAUACGCUGUAAGUUGUAAUUUUUCGACUUAGAGACUUAAUUUUUCUGUUAUCGUCAUAAUCGACAAAUUCUUUGGAACAUUUUAAUCUAUUCACACUCAAAAGACGGUAUCCGCUGUAAGUUGUCAUUUUUCGACUUAGAGACAUAAUUUGUCAGUUUUUUUUCUAGCUACCUACCAUAUCCUUUGAAUACAGGGCCGGCAUUUUGAGAUUUUAAGAUCGUCAAAAUCGACGAAUUCGUCUGAAAAUUGUCAUUUACUCACACUUAAAAGUCGGUAUACGCUGUAAGUUGUCAUUUUUCGACUUGGAGACUUAUUUUUUUUGUCUUUGUCCAGCUACUUCCCGUAUACUUUGAAAACAGUGUCGGCAUUUGGAGAAUUUAAGUUCGUCCAUCGUCAAAAUCGACGAACUCGCCUGAAAAAUUUCAUCAAUUCACGCUCUACAGUUGCUACACGUUGUUAGUUUUCAUUUUUUGACUUAAUUUUUCCAUAUUUGUCUGGCUUAUUCCCUUAUCCUUAGAUACCCGUGCCGGCAUUUUGAAAAUUCAAGUUCGUCCAUUGUCAAAAUUGACGAAUAAAUCUUAAUUUCAUCAAAACUGGAAAAAUAAGCCUAAAAGUCGAAAAAUGAAAACUUGCAUAUGACGAUUGACUGACUUGAACUAUUAAAAUGCCGACACAAUUUCAAAGGAUAAGGUAAGUAGCUAUAGGCAAAAACAGAAGUUUCUUAAGUCGAAAAAUAAGUUCACAAAGGAUAAAAAAUUCAGGAUAUAAAUAGAUGAUGCAUGAACUUCUUGAUAUUUUGAUUUUCGGUGGCUCUCUGCUCCACUGCGAUGUUCUCGAUGGGGUUCCUCUACGCGUCCACAUCCACUUAGUGAAGUAGGAUAUCUCUGAAAAGCAUUUAUCCUGAGGAUUAGUAAUUCGUAAUUGAAAUUGUCCAAGAGGAAUUGGAUUUUUCUUGAUGACUGAAAGUAAGGGUGCUCAAAAUCGUUCGACCAGAAAAGAUAAUUCCAGGAAGAUUUGAUUUAAAUCAAAUACUGAGCAUCCAGAAGAACUUUCAAGGAAGAGUCGCAACUUACACGGCCACCAAUAAUCUUUUCCAAUCAUAAAUCUUUCACAUAUUCAACGACAUAAAGAACCAUUUCACGCCAGAAGGGAAUAGUUGGGAGGUCAACUACUGCUAGGGUUUAAACAUUUUUUUUUCACAAAAUAGGAUCCUUCAAAUGAAAUCAAAUCAAACACUUAACAUGAUUAUACUUAGUCUUAACAGAUCUUGACAUAUUCGAGUGCAUAAUGGAGAAGAGAAAUGCCCAGCUGAACUGUUUUAAAAGGGAUUUCAGCUGUGACCUCUGCACUUUCAAAACCAAAAAUGAAUAUGAUAUGAAGCUGCACAUAUUAUCACAUUCAAAGGGAUGUCCAUUUUGUAAUUACAAUGCUAUUGGUCAGAUGAGUCUGAAGAAUCAUAUUCUUUCCACACACUCUAGAAUGAAAGAUACUGGAAGAAAGGGUCGCCAUGAUGGAGGUGGACAACAAAUUGAGCAGGAGAAGAGUUAUCUGUUAAAGUCUAGUACUCUACCAGACCUGGAUAAACUACCAGGAGUUCUUGUAGUGGAUCCCUGUGCUCAGGUUGUAACUAAUCCACAACUGUUUCAGGAGAAGUUUGCUUAUUUAAAACAAGUGAAGUCAUUUUUUGCGGAUUCGCCUAGAACCUGCCAAAAGACUUCUAAGAGUACAACCUCUGAGCCAAACCCUAAAAUAACAAAACAUUUAGUUCCAAGGGUUGGGUCUUAUAGAGAUAUGAAAUUAGAGGAAAUAUUAGACUCCGAUACACUCUUCAGUGGAAUGCAAGAUAAUUUCAGAUCCUCUAAUAGGUACCAGAGUUUUGCCUUGGAAGAAGGUGAAGACCAUAUCAGAGAGCAAGAAGAGGAACCUGAAGUAGAUAGUGAAGCUUGCGGACAGAAAGACAAUUCUCCACUCUUCUCAGACUACAAUUUGGAAUGUAUCCCAGGAUAUGGUGUUCAUGAAAACAAUAUCCAUCAACUGAGAGAAUUAAGACCAACCAGUAAACCAUACUUCCAAGAAGGGAUGCCUGAUUCCUCUGUUUUUGGUUCUUUGGUUGAUGACAACCAUUUAGGUGACAAUAGAGUGACGGGUUAUCCAUUCAGGUCCGAAAGAGUUGACUCAAAUCAAGAGUUUAACAAUAUGCCUGUGUCUAGGGAACAGAACGGAAUUGAUCCUCCUGAUAAUUUGUCUCAUUCUAAUCAAGAAAGCACUUACGAAGGAAAUCAAUAUGACGUUGAAUGGGAAGUUAGGGAUCCUGAGGCAGGAUUAAACCAAUCCAGGUUUGGAUGGAACUCAGGGGAGAUCCAAUCAAAAUACCCAGAGAACAAUGAUAAUCGUCCAUAUCAAGCAUCCUAUGGAAGAUAUGAAGAUCAUCAUUCCGGGUUUGGAUUUCAAUCCUCUGAACUGAAUCAAGGAUCAAAUAAUUGGAGGUAUUCACCAACAGAGGAACACAUUUUCGAUUCGUACCCUAGAAGUAUCACUAACCCUGUUCCGGAUUUAGAAGCAAGAAUUCAGACUACAAGCCCAAGAAAACCAACUCGGAGCCCAAAAACAAGGAUUGGAGUAAGGAAGGGUUUGCUCCACCUUGAUAUACCUCAGAUUGAAACUAAGGUUCCUGAAUGCUUUCAAGGGAAAGCCACGAGAACAGUUGAGAUCCUAAAGUGUGUAAAAUAUCAGAAAAUCCGGGCUAGGAUUAGGAAUGAUGGAAUGGGAAAAAGAGGAGAUAUGUUGCAGAGACGUGGUGUAGGGAGACCCAGUUUAUCAUCUAAAUCAAGAUAUCUACCCUUUAAGAAUGUUAAAGCUGAAAAAAUUAAGAAAACGGAGAAUAUUAAUAAGGUUUUAGUGCAGUUGAUACCUCAAAACCUGAACCAGAACCAUUCUGAAAACCUGAAUAAAGAGAAUAAUAUUGAUGUACAAAGUCCUCAGUCUAAUCAAAAUAGAAGUAAUCUAAUCAAAUAUCAAAUGUCCAAUCAAAGUCUGAACCUGAGUGAAGCAUGCCGAAAUCUUGAGGAAUUUUGCUAUGAUCUUCCUGUAGUAUUUGAUUGUCUACCAGAAUGCAGUAUGGUAAAUGAGGAUAAUGCCCAAUAUACUCUGGAACCUGGAACUGAUUUCUCUAUUCAUACUGUCUCUGCAAUUAUGGAUAAAGAACAAUCUACUCGUCCGGUAUUGGAACCUAUCUCCGACAAUGAUCAUACUUUGGUCAACUUGAAUGACGCUGAAUGGUUUCCAAGCAAGAACUCAAGUAUACCUCAAGCUAAGAAUUUUCCCAGACAUGUUUCAAUCAGAAAUUUACAAGAUGAAGGACGUAGAAUCAAAGGUGAACAAUUUCAAAAUCUCUUCCAAGGAUCGAAAGAAAUUUCAGAAAUGCCUCAUAGUUCACCUUCCUCUAAAUCUGGGAGUGCUGUCUCACUCAAUCCCAAAGAACUGAAUACAUCCCCAACACCUUCCUUGCCACCAGAUGGGAUCCCAAUAAACGACUCGGAAACACAAGGAGAAGUAGGAUCGGAGAAACAGUACUUAAAGGCCUCUAUUUCUUUGUGUGGAGAAGAGAGUAAGUCCACAACCACUUGGUCAGAAAUAUUUGAAGAAAUGUUGAAUAUUCAUGGAGAGAAACCAAAUGAUUCAACCCUUUUCACUGCCGACCCCAGGGAUACUAGAAACACGGUUGUUGAGAUGACAGUCCCCGAGAAAUCUGACCAUGAUGCUACUGCUGUACCAACUAACAUCCCAAUCUCCACUGUUCAAACAAAAACGGAUGCUCUUGCAGUCACUUGUAGCAUCUCAUUAGCACGCACCAGUUCGUCAGCUCAAUCUAUUUCCACCACCAAACUUCUCAGAUCUUUUCGUCGAACUCGUUCUGCUAAGAAAAAUCUGCCUACUUACCUGGUUCAAUCAUCAGAGCCAUCAACAUCACCAACCCCUACUGGAACCAUAUCUACACUGAAACCAGAACUUCUAGUUCUCCCGGAAGAUCCCAUUCACAGCUCCGGUUUCAACAUGGCCCCUUACAUGACAUCCAAUACCUACAAAUCAAAUUCAACCAAAUCCAGGCCUAGUUUGGUAUCAGUUCGAUUUGUAUCGGAUAACGAGACUUGCAUGAUUACUUGCCCCCGGGUUUAGAAUCAUAUGUCCACACUCCAAUUAUAUGCAGGGAUUGCAGGUUUUGCGGACACCGGUCUCAAUGAACAGCAUUUAGAAGGAGAGCAUUUAUGAAUAUAUCAACGGUCAUUGUCCAAAUAUUUACUUGAUUUGAUAUUAUUUUUUUCUCGUUAAUGUGUCUUUUUAUUACAGAGUAUUGUUUUUCAAAAUCUGAAAUGUCUCGAUGGAAGCCUAUUACAUUAAGGAACACUCCUUUCUGCUUUCUUCUUCCAAACCAAACCAAUAGAAGCACAAGAGGCCGCGUAGCAUUAUCUGCUCUACUAUUUUUCUUUCCAAACAUUGCAUUUAUUUCAUUAUGUUUAUUUAGUUUUAUUAUCUUUCAGAAA